UAUCCGUCCAUGUCUACGCCGACAGUGCCAAGGGAAAUCACUCUUUACAUCAUCCGGGAAUCUUAACAGCCUUGGUUGUUUUGAUUCAGUCACAAAACCACAUGGGAGAAAACUUUCAUACGAAGAAUAAAUCCGCGUUCAAAAUAGCACACGUGAACCCCAUCCUGUCCAUCAUAAUCUGGCUUAGAAAUGGCCUCUCAGGGACUCUCAGGCAGUGGCUUCGGAAGAGGUGGUCGGGGUCUUGCUAUAUUAGAAGCCUUGAAAAAAGAUCCACAGAUUAGUCGGGCAGGUUCAGCACAAGGAACCAGCCUGGGUCAUGGUUUAGGACUGGGACGAGGAGCUGCUUUGCAACUGCAAGAACAAUCUCUGCUACAGCAUAAUGCUGUGCCUAGGGAACAUGUAGAUGUUGGAUUGGAUUCUGUCCCUGGAAACAGGCGUGCAAGUUUUGCUGAUCAAAAUACCGGCAUACAACCAAUGGGUAGAGGAAACUUAGCAGGAAUGCUUGCAAUGAUGAAAUGUGCUGAGCAACCAUCAUUGGGCCGAGGGUCAUCGCUGGCAAACAUGAUAGGCUCCAAGCAGUCACUGGGACGUGGAGCUAUCGAUUCUACCAUAUCUUCUCCAGUUGAAUGUGUUGAUAACACAGUUAGGACCCAGGAAUUGUCUUUGCCUGUUGCAGCAGCAAGCACAAACAUGAAAGCCAACAAUCGCAAGCCAACAAUCAGCCGCCCAGGAUCAGGCGUAAACCCCUGAGGCUUGCCUCCAACUACAUAAAACUCAGGGUAAAGAGCAGCUUCAUCUAUCAGUAUUCAGUUGCCUUUCAGCCACCUUGUGAAAGCAAAGCCAUGCGGUGUGGACUACUGGGUGAACACAAAGAUAUUUUUAAUAUCAGACUGUUUGAUGGAAGCAUAUUGUAUAUGCCCACCAAACUCCCAAAUGAGGAGACUGUUUUAUUCUCCACACGGAAAACAGAUGGAAAAAAAAUUAAACUAAUUGUAAAGUUUACCAAACAAUUACCUUCUGAGCAGUGUCCACAUCUCUACAAUAUUUUACUUCGCAGGGUCAUGCACAUUCUGCAAAUGUGUCAAGUGGGGAGAUACUAUUACAACCCCAGCACUCCAAGUAAUGUCCCUGCACAUAAGUUGGAAGUUUGGCCAGGUUACAUCUCUGCUAUCAAAGAGCAUGAAGGUGGACUGUUCCUGAUGUUAGAUUCUUCUCACAGAGUCUUACGCACUGAGACAGUUUUGGAUAUGAUGAGCAAACUGGCCCAGGAAAAGCCCAGUUCUUUUCAGGAUGAUGUGAUCAAAAAUUUACUCGGAUGUAUUGUGCUCACAAGAUACAACAACAAGACCUACAGAAUAGAUGACAUUGAGUGGGAUAAGAAUCCAUCUGACACGUUUGAAACAAGCUCAGGCAAAAGUGUAACUUUCCAAGAGUACUAUUGGACACAUUAUGGCAAGAAAGUAGAUGGAAAUCAGCCCCUUUUAAUACACAGGCCUAAAGCAAGGAAAGUUGGAGGGGCUACUAUACAACCAAGGACAGAGGUGAUCUGCUUGAUUCCUGAGCUGUGUUAUCUCACAGGACUCACAGAUGACAUGAGAAAGAAUUACAGUGUUAUGAAGGAUCUGGCCGCUCACACGAGAGUGACACCAACUCAGAGGCUUGAGACAAUGAAGAAAUUCAUUGAUAGUAUCAACAAAAACGAUACAGCACGCACACAGCUAGAAGAGUGGGGACUGAUGUUAGACACAUCGGCCAUAGCUGUGGAUGGACGACAGUUAAAUAUUGAAACAAUCACCAUGGGCAGCAAUGCAAAGUUUUCUGCAGGACCAAGAGCAGAGUGGUCUCGUGAGAUGUCCAACUGUCAGCUGAUCUCAACUGUUGACCUUAAUCACUGGCUUAUCCUGUACAUACAGCGAAAUUUAUCAGAAGUCAACAGCCUUUUGCUGGAAGUGUCUCGUGUAACUCCACUCAUGGGAAUGAGUGUUCAGCAACCAAUCCGAGUUGUCCUGAAUGAUGACAAGACAGACACUCUUAUCAGAAGCCUCCGCCAAAAUGUCAAUCCCAAAAUACAACUUGUGAUGGUGGUCUUUCCAACAUCCCGUGAUGAUAAAUACAAUGCUGUGAAGAAAUACACUUUUGUAGACUGCCCAGUCCCCUCACAGGUCAUUCUGAGUAAUACUUUGAGGAAAAAAGACAAGUUGAAGAGUGUGGUACAGAAGAUCAUGUUUCAGGUUAAUGUCAAGCUUGGUGGAGUACUUUGGGCUGUCAAAAUCCCAUUGGAACGCCUCAUGGUUAUUGGCAUCGACACAUUUCAUGAUGCUGCUCAUGGUCGUCGCUCUAUCGGAGGUUUUGUCUCCAACAUCGACCCAGACUGCACUCGGUGGUUUAGCCGUGUAUGCAUCCAAAUGAAGUCUGAAGAGUUGCUGUCUGGUUUGUCAGUGUGUGUAACCGCAGCAAUCAGGAAAUACUAUGAGGUGAACCAUUUCUUACCAGAAAAGAUUGUAGUUUAUCGGGAUGGUGUUGGUGAUGGUCAGCUGCCAAUGGUGUCAGAUUAUGAGGUACAACAAAUUGAGUCAUGCUUUGCGAAGUUUGGAGCAGACUACUUUCCAAAGACGACUGUAAUUGUUGUACAGAAGCGAAUCAACACCAGAAUAUUUUUAAGGGAAAAUGACAGAAAAUUGGAAAACCCACCUUCAGGCACUGUUCUAGACCAUACUGUUACCAAACGUGACAUGUACGACUUUUUCCUGGUAUCUCAGCAUGUGCGGCAGGGAACUGUAUCCCCAACUCAUUACAUUGUCCUUCAUGACAACAUAGGACUUCCACCAGAGAGAAAUCAAGCUCUUGCUUACAAGAUGACUCAUCUAUAUUAUAACUGGCCAGGCACUGUCAGAGUACCAGCACCAUGUCUGUAUGCCCACAAACUUUCAUAUUUGGUGGGGCAGUCCUUACAUAAAGCACCAUCAGAAGAGUUGUGUGAUAGACUGUUUUUCCUGUAAAACAGAUACCCAGGUGGGUGCAGUGAAAGAAAAACAUUCUGUAAAACUGACCUGUUUCUCAAUACUGGUAGUACUCCAAGAUGGCAAAAGUAUUUUGCUAUGCCAGUUAUUGACUUCACAGUACUUUUAGAACAUUUAAACAUUUUAAUGUGAUUUUUUUUUUGUCUGAAGAGGAUCAUGGGGUGGAAGAGGAAGAGUUUUUUUUUAUGAGUGAGAGUGGGUAAAUGAGAAUGAAUGAAAGUUUGUGCAAUACUGCAUGGUUUAUAAAAGACGAUAUUGCUAUUUUCACUGAUUAGUAGAAUGUUUAGUCUUAUUAUGUAGAGUUACUAUCACAAAAUAUCUUUUAGUUUUGAGACCUCUUAUGCUUUGACCAUGCUGCCAUCUUUAAUAAACUCAGUUAUAAAUGUUACCAAGGUAUUUAGAUGCCAGCUUAAAGAUUUCAGUGGGGUAUUCAACAUUUUAUUUCAUUGUUGUUUUAAUGUGCAUUUUAUAUUUCAUUUUUUCAAUAUUUUUUUGGUCCAUUAUAUGGUCUGUUGGAGGGGAUGACAAGUGCACCAGCUGAGUACCUUCACUUUGUUUUUGAUCUUUCAUUUCUUUCAUUCAACGGGGUUUUUUUCAUUUAAAAUGGCAAUAAACAAAUUAACAAGA